AGGUGAAAAGGCUUGAACUCCGGCCUUGUUUCUUUCGCUCGCUUGCGUCCAGUUUCCUGCGCCUCGCGUCAAUCUCCAGCAAAUGGAGAUCAUCACCAUCGAUCUUCAUCCGGGCUGAAUACGAAUUCGUAAGGCACAUGGAUCUCCAUCACACAAGUCAUUUCACUCGUAUUCCUUCGACGUCGAGUCUCCUCGCAGGCCACCGCCCUGUCUCCUGCUCAUUCUCCAUAACCCGAUGAGCCUCGCUGAUGUCCUCGACAUCUCACCAUGACGCGCAGGAAGCGUACUCCUUCGCCCUCUGCAUCCCAGAAACGCGUGGCCUUCGAGAUCCCCGCCUCACUACAACACUUCUCCACCAUAUCACGCUCCCUUGCAACGGACGUUGAGUCUCACGCGCCCACAACGUCUCUAAACAACACUGCUCAAUCCCAACCUCGACCUAGUACGCAGCCAUCGCCGCAGUCACGGCGCCCAUAUACUCCCCUGACAACAUUCGUACCACAUAAGCGGUCGUUUCCUGAUGCGCAACCCUGGCCUCAGCCCGUCCCAAAGGCCAAUGCAUAUUCGGCAGUGGCUAGGCAUAUACCAGAGAACUCUGCAAGUCAUGCGGUGCCUUCAGAUACACCUUCAACGGCCACUGCGACCUCUAGCACUCAAGCACGCAGUGUGAGCAACCCAAACCCGGCUCCAUCUUCAGCCAAGGAGCCGGCUCUCAAGCCGGGCGAAACACCUACAUUGAAAAGCCAUCCGAACCUGAUUGCAUCGCUGGUAGCAAAGAAGAGAGCGGAGAACGAGGCUAUAGGGUUUCGAGAAAGAUGGGCACGAAAGCAAGCGGAGUAUAGGCUAUCGAAGUCGCCGGCAAAUCAAUUGAAGAACGAGUUGACUACCGAAGCCGCUCGCAGCGAUGGUAAGCAGACACCGUCCAGAUCAGUGUCGAACCCUCUACCUGCACGAUCCGUUCCUCCUGCACCAAUGGCGAAGCCUGCAACUCCGCUUAUGCAAGAUACUCAGACCCCUGGCGCCGAAACAGUAUCAACGCCUGCUACAGAUGACUCGAGGAGAGAGAAAGAGGAGUCGAGAGAUCAGAGACAGAACGACAGCGAUUCGCUGUUUGGCUCCCCGUACUCUUCUCCGAUAGUAGAGUUCCUGGAAAGGGCCACUGAUGAUGCUGGAUUGAGGGAUACAAUGGGAUCCAGCAUGGCGACGGCUUCGAGGGCGGCUGCAACUUCUGUAACAAUACCGCAAAGCCGUGAGCACCCAUCUGCUUCUAGCCUUCAGCCACACGGUCCUUCUAAGCUGUCCGAGUCUUCGUCGAUCCCUCCCUUGUUCUCCGACAAGCCUAUGGGCAGUCAGCAACAACCUCAGCCUUACCAUAAUACUCAGCAUGCACAACCCAAUAUGCUCAACAACUCUCCUUCCUUGAUGCAACGGCAAGCGCCACCAAAUGUAUCAAUGUCAGUUCAGAACACUGGCAACCAAACUACAGCCUAUGGUUCACACCCCAGAUUAGCCCUCAACCAGCCUCGCAUGCCGCCCUCCACUUCCUGGUAUCCAGGCACUCAGAGCGUCCCUGCAUUUUACGGCCAAUACUUCAACACUACAAACAAUAUCACGAGUACUCCGACAUCAGUAUCCGGGUCACCCAAUUUUGGGACGUCACAGGGCUAUGGGAAGUCUCCUUCACCUGGUGGCAUGACUUAUCCCGGUUACCCGAUGGGAGUCAAUCCAUACAUGAUACAAUCAGUACCUCCACCAGGGCCCAUUCCGACGUACGGGGCAACCGUGGCGGCAGCCUCGGUGCAGCACUCGAAAGUGCCUGGUGCAGGAUUCAUGGCUGCCCUGGACAUGGUAGCUGGAAUUAAUACAAAGUUCAAGAUAGCGACCAAGGAUGGCUUCGCUGUACCCAAACGAUAGUAACGGUUAGAACGAUCGGUGUGAUACGUGAGGUCUCAUUCCCAAUGGUAUGGACGACCUUUGUGCUGGGGCUGGAGGAAAUCACGAUAAUGACACUGUUAUAUUUACGGCCUGGUUUGGCAUUAGAGACCAUUUUUUAUAUGAGCAUUAGCGAUUAGCGAUGGCGCUAGUGUGUUCUGGGGCAUUGUCCUUGUAUUAUGUUUGUACAGGUUACAUAGGUAGGUAUGGACUAUAGCGGCGACACUCGCCUGGACGGAUACCAAUGCUUAAUGUCGGGUAACGACGCCCAACACGACAAUAUCUUUGGUUGUGAUUCUGAGCAUUGUGUGAGCGCAAGCUUUCCGGAUUAGGAAAA